UUCACCUCCACUUCCAAUUCAGGAGUUCCAGUUCCCGCCAACCAAACAAUGGAUUUUGUAGAAGUGACUUCCCAUUUCCCAAAACACUAGGGUUUGUUGUGCGUGCCUUCUUAUUGUUCUCUUCUCAUCUCUAACCCUAAUUCCCUCCCUCUCUCUCUCUCCCUCCGCCCAGAAACCUAAAAAUCUCCCCUUUUAGGCAACGUCGUCAAAGAGAUCGAAGCCCGCACAGAUGGAUGCUGCUGAAGAUGCAAAAACCAAACGAAUUCUUCUGGCUGCUUGUGCAGUUCUUAUGGUAUCUGUUGUUUUUAUAUUACACACAUUUAAUGAAGAUGAUGAGUCAGGGGAAGAAGAUACAGAUAUCGAAGAAAGCGAUAAAAUUGCCAAGUUAGGUCAUGAAGAUGAUGAAUCAGUAGAAGAAGAUACAGAUACUGACAAAAAUGAUAGCAUUGCAAAGUUUGCUGAAGCACUUAUGCACGCCGCGAAGGCAAUAAGAAGUAACUAUGUUCAUUGGACUCAAGAACUUAUGGAGAAGUUACUACAGCUGGAGAAUGAAGGGUAUGAUGAGAUGAUCCUAGAACGGGCUUUUGAUGCUUUAUACAAGAAUGAAGUGAAAGCCCGGAGCUUUAUGGUAAGGCCUCGUGACUGGAAAUUAGAGUGGAUGAGGAAAUUUGUGGAUGGUGAGGUGCAAAACUGAUGGGAAAUGGGAAGCUGUUUUGGAUAGAGCUAGCACUUAGCAGCAGGGUUCUGUUUGGUGAAAGGUGUUCAAGUCUUUAGAAGUUGUUUAAUUUUGUGUGACUUCUGAACUUGAAAUGUUGCCUGUUGUUUUGGUGGUUUCUAUGAAGUAAUGUUUACCCUGUUUUGUUGUAUGUUAGCAACUACUCUUUGGUUAAUUUUUAAUUCUAGAAUGGCAUUAUUAUACUAACAAGUGUGUAUUAAAAGCA